AUGUUACAAGAUUGUCUUCCUAACCUUAUACCUGGAUGCUUUCCAGAGGUGAACAAGCUUCCACUUAAACCAGUUAGACUGAGUGAAUCAUCCAAGAAUACCAUGGAGCACCCAUAUCGAGCUUUCGAGGAUCAUGGAAUGAGGGGCAAUGCUCAUGGCAGCAACGUCCACAGAGUGACUCAGAGACUAGUAACAAGUCUCGAAAGCAAUGCAACCUUGCAAGAACUCACACUCAACGUUCAAGCGAUCUCUGAAUCAUUAGAAUUUUCAGGUCCCAUUGUCAGAUUUCUGAAUGAAAACAAGUCCUUGGAAAGACUUCAAAUUCGCGUUCCUCCACAGACCAAGGGAUCCAGCAUCUUCGCCAACGAAAUCAUCUGCCCGAGCUUGAAAGAGCUUACCAUCUGGGUCGCCAGUGAUCGUUCUACAAAACGUCAGAUUGAUUUCAUGAGAAAGGCUGCUGUGAAGCGACGAAGAUUAUGUCGGUGUCACAACCCCAUUCGUACGAGCAGAUCAACCACUAACAUCACUUCAUCGGUAUCAACGACAAUAAGUGAAGACCUGGAUCAGUUCAAUCUUCGAGAUAUCGCCCGCUUCAUUGCGUCGCAACCACAACUCGAGUAUGUCCGAGUUCAAACCUCCACGCUAAGUACCAAGCAAUGGAACGACUUGGUCGAUGGGAUCCACCAAAACCGUUCCGUGAGACAUGUCGAGUUUCGCCGACUGGAAGGUGACUCCUUUUCGAUGCGAAAACUACAACAGCAUCCAACACUGGAGAGAAUAGACCUAAAUGGUUGCCCGACCAUUGGCAACUGGCAUACCCUGGUUUCCAAGGAAGCCAACAUCAAGCACAUCUCCUGGUCGUCCAGUCCUGCCAGCAUAGACUGCUUGCAACACCUGGCGAACAAGCUUUCCUGCCCUGCUUCCAGUCUAUUGAAAUUGGAAAUCAGUCAUACCAAUCUCAGUGGACACAAGCUUGCCAUGGUCGCGGCCAUGCUUAAGGAAAACUGCAGUCUGAGAGAAAUCGACCUAUCCAGUUCGCAACUGAACAGUGUCGAUGGAUACAUUCUGACCAAGUGUUUGCAGUCCAACUUUACUCUGCAAAAGCUGAUACUCAAUGACAAUUCCAUGCUCAAGUGGCCAUGUGAUUUGGCCUUUCUUGGGUUCCGUGACUUGUUGGCAACACCAACUUGCAACCUGAAUUACUUGGAUUUGAGUAACAACGAAAUGGAACCCAUGAGAAACGAUGCUCGCUGCGCCGAGAUUUUCGAAGGGAUGCAACGAAAUACCAAACUCAAGGUCCUCAAACUUGCCAAUAGAGGCACUGUCUUCUUUGAAACUCUCUACCACAAGUUUUGGAACGAGUCUGAAAAGCACCAUCUUCAAGUCUCCAAGUCACUCGGCAAGGCACUCGAAACUUGUCGAUUGACAGAGCUAUGCUUGAACCACAACUUUCUCGACGAUGACACCAUUGCCAAGUAUCUGGCUCCCGCUUUGAGCAAGAACUGUCGAUUAGUUCGACUCAGUCUGAAGCGAGUGGGAAUGGGAAACAAGGGCAUGUCGGCCAUCUCCAAGGCGCUCAUGGGCAAUCAAACCUUGGAGUUCAUGGACAUUUCUCACAAUUGCGAUAUGACUCUUCCUGCUUAUGAAAGUCUUGUCGAAUGCUUGCCAACUCUAUCCAAGCUGGAGACACUCUGGUUCCAUUCCAACACCAAGGACGAGUUACAUGCUUGUACUUUGGCGCCCGCUCUUGUCAAGCAAUACGCUUUGCAAAAAUUUAGCAACGAAGACUGCUUGCCUGAAAUGUAUCGCAUCUUUCUUGCUGCCAACCGCAAUGGAAGGCGUUAUCUCUAUCAGCAUAGCACCAUUGUGGAUGCACUAUGGCCCAAGAUCCUUGCCAGAGCCGCACACAAUCCCAAAAUAGUGUCACUCUUUGUGAGAGAACGAGCCGAAAUGUUUACCUACCGAUAG